AUGAAGGCGACAAUAGCUGCUGAACUUCACAGACCGGCUCGACGCAAUUAUCCGCGCCGAUUCGUAGAUGUACGCGGACUCGAUGAGACCUGGCAAGCAGAUCUCGUUGACAUGACCGCAUAUAGCUCGCACAACAAGGGCUACAAAUACCUGCUUACAAUCAUCGACAUAUUUCCCAAGUACGCGUGGGCGGUACCGAUAAAGUUCAAGAGUAGAAAAGAUGUGACUACCGCCAUGGUAUCCGUACUAACACAAAACCGCAUACCUAAGCAUCUACACGUCGACCAGGGCAGAGAAUUUUACAACAGCGAAUUCAAGACACUCAUGAAGCGGCUCAAUAUCAACAUUGGAAAACAACUAUAUCGAAGCGUUUACAAACCCCGUCAAAUCAAGCGGAGUAAUCGGAAGCGGAAAUUUAAAGUUGGCGAUCGAGUCCGGAUCAGCAAGUACAAAAAUGUAUUCGAAAAAGGCCAUACGCCCAACUGGACGACUGAAAUAUUCACCGUGAGCGAGGUGAAAAAUACCAACCCCCCGACGUACAAACUUACCGAUUAUCAAGAUCAUUCCAUUGAAGGAGGCUUCUACGAGGAAGAACUCAGCAAAGUGAAAUAUCCCGAUGGCUAUCCGUAG